AUGGACUUGAGGCCUGUCAACGGACUCGGAUCCCCCAGCUCGGGCUACAUGGGCUUCACCAGCCACGCCACCGUCUACGAACAGACGAAGCGAAGCCUCAGCCUGCUUCAGGGCCAGGGGCCGGACCCUCGUCUGUCGCGGUCCUCUUCUGAUGAUCGAACGGCUCCUCGUCUUACCUUUGACCAGCUCCCCCAUCUGGUGCGCCACAUGAGCAUCUAUGUGUUGGAGGCUCUGCCGGGGCAGCGCAACGAGCAGAUCUUCUUCAACCAUGAGGAUGGCCAGAGAAAUGGCUGGAGGCAAGUCGCUCUGGCUCGCAUCACCCGGUCGGUGCAAGAGCUGCUGAGGAAGAACGCCGACGGGACAGGGCCUGACUUGGAGCGGGUCGCUGAGAUGAUAUGUAACAACUCGGCUCAGCCCUUUCGAGAGAUUGAUGAUCCGCACCGGUGGAUGGAUCAGUACUGCGAUAGCAGCAGUCUCAGAUGGGAGUCGAUCGGGUGGAUCUGGGCAGGCCUGGAGCGACUCGGGGACAUUGUCAACUCGUUUCGGCCUUCUCACGUUCAGUGGCUCCCCGGCAAGGAAUCCCAUGAUCUGUCCAGAACGUACAUGACAUACUGCGUUGAUUUGGCGCGGCACUUUUGCGAGGGCAACCCCGUGCUGUUAGAUCUCCACCGAUGUCGGACAACUCUGAUAUCGAUAAUGGAUGGCGAUGCUGCUGGAACGUGCUGGUACUCCCAUGGCGCAGGCGUGUCCAUGAUGACGUUCAUGGGAUUACACGCCCUGGACACAGAGAUGCCAUACACGCCCACGCUAUGUUCCGAGAACAGCAGGCGAGUCGUUGCUCAAAUCUUCAACGUCGACAAGUGGUGUGUCGCCUUCUCGGGCCGGCCUCCGCUCAUUCAUCGCCGGUUCUGCACGACGCCUCUGCCGCUGGAUCUUGCCGACGAGGAGCUCAUAGCAGACGAAGCAACGCUGCGCAAGGCGGUUUCGGAAUUGGACGACCGAGGCUGGAACACAAAGGGCCAGAUCCACCCUGCUACGCUCGUGCGAGCUCGGCGCAUGCUGGCAGGCAAUCUGGAAGAGGUCAUGGAAAUCGCCUUGAGCUGUACCGUCUGCAUUACUUUGAAUGAGUUGCGUAACCUUCAGACCCGAGAACUGCAGACGUUUGCAACUCUUCCUGCGCAUCUUCAAUAUAGCCCACAUAUCUUGCUAGAUCCCGAGCUGGACACCACGUCCGUUUACGCGAGAAUACUGCUCCGGCUGGCUCAUUUGCAGACCAUGUUCUUGCUCGAAAGGCUGCUGCUGCUCAACGGCAGCUUGGACGAGGGCAACCUGCUGCUCUUUAGCUUCGAAAUGCUCACUCUCACUCUUGCGCUGUGGACGCACAAGGACCGAUUUGCCGAGAUGCGGCGCAACUUUGAAUGGCUUCUCAUGGCCCACGCAGCGCCAGCAGGCGGCAUUCUCUGCUUGGAGCUGCUCAACCCGACAUUCACCGGCAAGCACCCUAGCGACGCCCGCAUCACGCGCUCCAGCAUCAUCCAGAACCUCAGCCUCCUCGUCGGAUUCCUCGACUGGGUGCGUCCGUCGGCGCCCAACGGGGAUCUGUGCAUGGACUGCAAGGUCAUUAUCCAGCGGGUGCUGGAUUAUACGCUCAACGGCAGCGCGGAUGGAAACAGUCCUCGGGCGGCGUUGGCGUUUGACUUUCCAGAGCCGUUGGAUUUCAAUUUUGAGCUGCUGGAUACGUUUGAUUGGCUGCAUACUGAUCUUUGA